CCGGGUCAUCAUAUCCAAAACACAGACGUGAUACUCGCUCUGAAGCUGAGGCAAGACGUUUCUGGAUAGACAAGCGAAGAGAGAAGAGACGACGACAAAGGUCCUACAGUGGUGACUAUUCAAGUCAAAGUGAUGAUCGAGCACCAAGAAGAUAUGAAGGUAACCCCUAUUCUUACAGCCGUUACCGACAGAGACCCACCCAGUGA